AUUGGUGGUUGCCUUGCUGAAUUUGGUCCUUCUUGUGGUUGCCUUGUGAUUGCCGAAUGCUGCCAAGAGAAAAAUGGGGGAAAUUCGGUAGCUUUAAGUGGGUUUUGUUUAAAUUAAGUGGAAAUUAGCUUGAGUAAUUGUUGUGAAAUUGUCUAGAGGAAAUUCCGUGUGCUAGCCAUUAGAUUGCCCAAAAAACCGGUUCUUCCAUUUUGUUGAUUGUGAGAUUAGGGAGCUAUGUGUGUAUAUAUAUAUAUAUAUAUAUGUAUGUUUCUGAGUAUUCUAUCACCUUAGCUCUUGGAGUGAGUUUUCUGCUUUAUGCGAGUGAGGUAAGUAAAUUUAUGGUAACGCCCAUACAGUUUUUAAAAGUAUAUUUUGAUUUGUUUUUGAAGUGGUGGCGGGACUAAAACCGUUUUAUACAAAAGUAAGUAUGACUGAUUUGAAGUGAAAUUUUUAUGUUUUUUAUUAAAUUGAGUAUGCUUACUUAAAAUUUAAUUGAUUGUCCUGAUGAUUUGAAAGUGAUUGAUGAAUUAUGGUUUUUCUGUUAACUUCAGCCUGUUUUGUCUCCGAUGUGGUCAUGUUAUUAGUGACCCUACUAGUGGGGGUUAAACGCUAGCACAUGUCGACAUGUUAGUGAUAGAACCGGUUCGUUCCAGUGACCUUGCUAGUGGGGAUUAUACACUAGUAAAUAGUGCGCUUGCCAGUGGGUGGUUUAUAACACUGGUCGUGAUCUAUAGAGGAGACGUCUAUUUUGUUCCCGUAUUGUAUUCAUUUUUUGUGAUUACACUUGUUGGCAUGCUAUGAGUUUAAUAAUGGGCACUUCAUAUUUUACUUACUGAGUUUAUCUCAUAGUUUUCCUUGUCUACCAUUUCAGGUAGUGAGACCCGACGCAGGGGGAGCCCGAGAGAGUGACGAGCUAGACGGCUAGGCACUUUUGGACUUAGAUUUUUGUAGCUAGGCCAUUAAUCACCAUGCUUGACUUAGAAAUUUUUGUGUACAGAACUUUCUUAGUUCUAGUCAUGAUCGUAUUUAUGAAGUGAUAAAUUUGUACAUCUUGA